UGCUCUUCAUAGUGCUACAAAAUAUUAUCAUUAUUUCUUCUAUAAAAACAAAACAAUUAUCAUCUCUUCUAAGCAGAGAGUAAAGAACAAAUUCAAGAUGUCAGAUACACUUCGUUUAGCUGUUGCUGUUCUUGGCAAUGCUGCCUCAGUUUCACUUUAUGCUGCACCAAUGGUUACAUUUAGAAGAGUAAUAAGGAAGAAAAGCACAGAGGAAUUUUCAUGCAUUCCUUACAUAAUUGGAUUGUUAAACUGUCUUCUUUUCACAUGGUAUGGAUUACCUGUUGUAAGCAACAAAUGGGAAAAUUUUCCUCUCGUAACGGUUAAUGGCGUUGGAAUUGCUCUCGAGUUAUCGUAUGUUCUCAUUUAUUUCUGGUAUUCUUCCCCCAAAGGAAAGAUGAAGGUAGCUAUGAUCACGACACCUGUUCUGGUUGUGUUCUGCAUAACUGCAGCAGUAUCAGCUUUUACCUUACAUGAUUCUCAACACCGAAAGUUACUUGUUGGUAGCAUAGGUUUAGGUGUUUCUGUUGCAUUGUACGGUUCUCCAUUGGUUGCAAUGAAGAAAGUUAUUGAAACAAAGAGUGUUGAAUUCAUGCCACUACCAUUGUCUCUUUGUGCUUUCUCAGCUAGUGUUUUCUGGUUAGCUUAUGGAAUCCUCGUUCGUGAUAUAUUUGUUGCGGGUCCAAGUGUGAUUGGAACUCCAUUAAGCAUUGUGCAGCUUGUGGUUUACUUUAAAUACAGGAAAGAAAGGGUGGUGGAAGAACCAAAAAUGGAGGAUUUGGAAAAGGGUGGGUUAGAGUUAGAGAAGGUGGUGGUGGUGGAGGUAGAUUUGGGGAAAGUGGAAAAGAUUGUCACAAAUUGUGAACAAUGUUAGUGAGGGAUUAAGGUUUAAGAUUUUAGAGAGAUAUAUUGAGAUUCCUUCUUUUAUGUAUUUUUUUUAUCCUUUGUGUAUAAUGUAACAAAAUGUCCCCUAGGCCCUAGUGAUGGGGGUGUACUGUAGUAAUCAAAUUAAAUUCUUACUUCUCCUUAA